AUGGCGACCGUAGAAGAGGCAGACAUUGAAAUGGAGGACGCAUACGACGAAGAAGCGGAUAGUGACUUCGAUGUCAAUAGUGUUAAAAGCGGAGGAUCGCAAUCCUCGUCAGCGUCAGAGGAUGAGCAAGACGACGCCGACAAGGCAGCCACGAAUCGGGCCAGGAAGCGAAGAAAGAUUGGGGGGCAGCCCAAGCCACCUACCACCGAAGAAGAUGUUGAGCUAGAUUCUGGUGAUGAGGCUACCAUCAAAGAGCACAAGAAGGAGCGGCGGAAACAGCGCAAACAAGGAGACGAUGUCGAGGAUGAAGACGACGGUCAGGACCUUGGCUGGAGAGCACGGACGAGAGCAAUGCGAGAACGUGACAAAGAGGGGCGUAAGCAGAGUAAGCUGGCAACCAUCAAAGGCAGCACCAUCGACGUUGAAAAGAUCUGGGCGGAGAUGCAGAGACCAGCACCACUUCAGCGUCCGUUGAUCGUCGAGCUCAGCAGCACAGACACACCGCAACGAGCUGAUGUCGCAGACAAGAAAUAUGCCCCUGGAUCACUACAGCAAGAAGAACUUAUAACGAUUAAGCGAACAUACAAGUUCGCGGGCGAAGUCCAUACCGAAGAAAAGACUGUCCCCAAGGAUUCGGCAGAGGCAAAGCUUUGGCUCGCCCAGCAAGAGUCUUCCAACAAGACCGGCACGGCUCUCGACGCCGAUGGGAGGACUGUUCGGCGACCCCUCCGCAAAAUCUCGCGGUUCGACCCGAACUACAGUAACCUGGGAGCCUUCAAGGGAGUCUGGACUUCUUCGCUCCUCAGUCAAAAAGCAGCAACCGGUCCGAAGCUCAAUGUCGUCGAGAAGAGCAAAAUGGACUGGGCGAUGCAUGUAGAUACGGAAGGCUUGCAGGAGGAGCUUACCGAGGCGGCGAAGGCGAAGGGUUCUUACCUAAGCAGGACCGACUUCCUCAAAGAAGUGGAGUUGCGGAAGGAGGAAGAGGCAAGAGCUGCACGCCUGCGAGGGGCAUAG